AUGAGUGUAUUAGAGAUUCGUCAUGAAUUUUUUGAUAUUGACGCACGAAAUAAUGAACAAUUAUAUCAAGCUUUUUGUAAUCAUGUCUAUUUCGGGCAAUGGGAACUAUGUCGAAUAUGUUUACAAACUUUAUUUAAUAAACGUUUACAACUUAAUACAAAUUUAGAAGAAUUAUUAAUUGACAUCAUUAGAAACCCAACUGCUUAUUGCACGGGAUCGAAAGCAGUACCAACACCAUUUCAUUUUUCAUUAUUAUUAUUGGAAGAAUGUCGAGUUAAACAGUAUUUAGAUGCGGAAUUCGAUCGUCUUCGUACUAAUACUGAUGAUAAUUCAUUAACUCUUCCAACUGAUUCUAUGGCUGAUUUUCUUGUUGAUUUAUGGUUACAUGAAACUCCACGUGUUUAUACUUUUAUUCGCUUUUAUCUUUAUUCUUCAAAUCCAUCUAUGCAUUUAUGGUUAAUACAAAUUCAUAAACGUGCACUUGAUUUAUGUUUACAGCAAUUAAAAAGUUUAAAUAAUGAACAACAAAAAAUAAAUCUUAGUGAUUUACUUCUUUCAUUACAUUUCUAUUCAUGGGAUAUAAAUGAAUUUCGUAUAAUAAUCCGUGAUACAUUAAAAAAAAUUGUUAUUUAUGCAACAGAAGCAAAUAAUAAUCAUGGACAAUUAUUUAAUUUAAAAAUUUUGUAUCGUUCUAUAUUUAAUAAUAAUGAUUUAGCACGUUUAAUAAGUGAAUUAGAAAGUGAAUAUCGUCGUGAAUUAUUAAAUAAUGAUACAGUUAUAAUACAUUUUUUUAAAAAGAAUUCAUUCGAAAAAGAAAAUUUUUUUUGGAGAGAAAUUUAUUUAUAUUUAAUUGAAAAUAAAUUAGAUUUAAUAUCAUGUGCUUUGAAUGAUUCAAAAUUAAUGGUACAAAAUCGUGAUUAUUCAUCAUUUGAUCAAUUAUUACAUAUUGAACAAUUAACCCCAUUACAUCUUUAUAUAUUUCUUCUUGCAUGGACACAUGUAAGAACAAUAAAUGAUGCAAUUGUAUUACAUGAUUCAAUUAAUUCACUAGGAAAUAAAAGUCCUUUAUUAAUGAAAUGUUUACAAUUAUUUCAAUCUCAUAUUGAAUUUAUAACAUGGUUAUAUACUGUUCGACGAAUUGAUCUGUAUCAUGAUGGUGUAUCACCUUUACCAAAUAUGUCGGAUUUAUUAGCAUUAUUACAUACAAAUUCGCCAUUGUCUUUAAUGCAUCGAUAUUUAGAUAUACAAACUAUUGAUUCAGCUGAGAUUUUAGAAAAACUACAAAAAACAUCAGUUGACAUUGAUGAUAAUAAUGAAAGACCAACGAAAGAAAAACGUGUACGCUUUACUGAUACUCCUACAAAUGCAAUUGAAUUACUUCGUUUACCUCAAACAACAGCUUCAAUGAUAUUUCUUGGUUAUCUCUCAAUCAAUAGUGUUAUACAACGUAUUUUAUCAUCUACAGAUAAUAAUACUAAUCAAACUGAUAAUGAUUUAUUUUCUUCAACACGUACAUAUUUAAUACAAAUAUUUCCAUUACGUUUUCGUCUUGAAUUAUUAGAAAAUAUUUUUUCACUUAUAUUUAUUCAACAAAGUGAAUUGAAAAUUGACGAAACAGUUGAAAUAAUUGAACAAUCAAUAAACACAACAUCAAAUUCAGUAUCACCAUCAGAUAAAUUCUUUUCAUCAAUACAAAGUAAUUUAACAAAUGAUAGUUUUCAUACAUCAACAAAUGCAAGUAUUAGAACUCAAGUAUCAGUUAGAAGAUUUGAUAAUGAUGUAGAUGAAAAUAUUGAUGAUAAUGUAUCAAUAUGUAGUAGUUCAAUGAGUUCAGUUGGUGCAUCACAUCCUCAUUCUAUACAUCGUUCAGGAUUAUUAAUUGAUCAACAAGUACUUUAUAAAUUAUUAAUAUUUCUUCGUGAUCAACUAACAGAAGUUCGUACACUUUAUCAAAAAAUAAAAGAUAAAGCAACUGAUCGUGAUACAGUAGAUUUUGAAACAUCAUUAGAUAAAUGUUUUCAAGGUUAUUCAAUUAGUACAAAUGAACAAUUUACAACUAGAGCAACAAAAUUAAAUACAACUGUUAGUGAAACAUUAUGGAGAUAUCAAUUAUUAACAGCUAACACAGUCGAAUCAUCGACACAAGAAAAUAAAAUCGAUGAAUUAGAUAAUGAUGAUAGUUUAGUUUGUAAUCCUACCAUAAAAAAUUUAAUUCUUCCUGUUCCCGUUCAUCGACAUUCUCAUCGAAGAAAACGUCGAUCAUGUCAAUCUGAAAGUAGUGCAUCCAGUGCUGCAUCAUCAUCUAUAAUGAAUAAUGGUCAAACUAAAAUAACAUCAACAUUAGUAUCGCAAAUUCUUUCUCCUCGUGAUAAUUUAUUAGCUAUUUGUUUAAAAGAAGGCAAAAUUACUGAGGCUAAUGAAGUUAUUCGAUUAUUCAAUAUGCAAGAUCAUCCACUUGCUGUUGAAGCAAAAUUUAGUAAAUUAUUUCGUGAUACAGUUAUUCAAUUAUCUACAUCAUAUCCAUCAUCGAGUUCUUCUAUUGAUAAUUCAUCAUCGAAAUCAGCUUUAGCUGGUUUAGCUAAUUUAGCAACAUCAGCUCUGAGUAGUUCAUCAUUACAAAAUGAUAUUAUUCCAUUAUUAGAAAAUGCACAAUCAUCAAAUGUUUCAUCAACAUUACCAACAUCAAAUUAUUUUGAUCAUGAAUAUUUUGUAUCAUUAACAUUAUUUGAUUUAGCAAUAAAUGCACCAACAAUGACAAUAAGUAAAACAUUACUUGAUAUGGCACAACACCGUUUACCACUUCCACGUCCAUUAUUUUCAUCAAAUACAUCAUCACAUAAUACAACAAAUAAUAAAACUUCAACAACAAGAAUAAAAACAUUAAAUGAAAUGAUUAAUAAUUAUACACAUUUAGCUAAUUCAUCAAAUGGUUCAUUUGAUGAUUUAUUACUUGAUGUUACUAUACCAUUAGAUGGAACAAAAGCAACUAAAACUAUACAAUAUUAUAAAAGACUUGAUGAACAUUGUCGACAAUAUUAUUUGAAUGAACAAAAUUCUUUAUCAAUUGAACAACAAGUUAAAAUGACUGGAGAAUUUUUUGAAAAUGAUCCACAAGCUAAAUUAGAUUUAAUUGCAUAUAUUAGAAAUACCUCCAAUCAAACAAAAGUACCUUCUUCUUCAAAUAUAAAUUAUUUUUCAAUAUUUCAUAUAUAUUUACAAAAUUUUCGUAUACUUCUUGAAAAAUUUCCAUUAGAAGAUAUAUCAACAGAUGUUGAUUUAUUAAAACAUUCACCAUUAUCACUUGUUCAUCGUAUUGUUGCACGAUCCAGUGAUAUUGAUUUAUCACAAUUACAAUUAAUGACUUCGAAGUUAAAUAUUGAUAUAUCACUUGCUGUUACUCUUAAUAUAAUUCGUCCAUUAUUUGUUGAUAAAACAAUAACAACAUCAUCAUUAUAUUCUAAUAGACGUUCUACACUAUUACAACAUCAACCAAUAGAUAUUUUUUCAUAUUGUUAUCAAUCUCAAGUACAACAAGUAUCACAUUCAGUAUCAAAUGAAAGUACUAAAAAACAGUUACGACAAUCAACAUUUCUUAAACGUCUUGCCAGCAAAUUAGAUGAUUUUCAAAAUGAACCGAGUUCUUUUAAUGAACAUCCAGAAAAAUUUAUUAGAACAGUAUUAACCAAGUUAUUAGAUUCAACUAAAAAAGUAAUUCAAGCAUCUGGUUAUAAUCAUAUGACAAUCGAACACAUCGAAAAAUUACUUUCAUUCGAUCAUUAUACUGAUAUAAUGAAUGCUUUACCAUUAUUAGGAUAUCUUGAUCUUGAUCGUUUAAUGACAAACGCAGAACGUAUUUGUUUCUUUGCAAAUUUAUAUAAUUUUCUAUUAAUUAUAUCUCAUAUUGAACUUGUUCGAACAAAAUUAACACAACUAACAACAACAAAUAUAUUUCGUAAUGAACUUGAACGUCUUUUAUUUUUUUUAACAACACGUAUUGAUAUUGGACAACUUAAGCAAAUAUCAUUAUAUGAUAUAAGAUAUUAUAUAUUAAAACAAAAUGUUCUUAAUGAUGGACUUAAAUUAAAUUUAGAUCCAAAAGGACCAUUUUACCGAUAUGCACCAAUACUUAAUAAUAAUCAACAUAUUCGAAUAGGUUUAAUAUUAAAUGAUUGUAUUUAUUCAUCAGCACCAUUCAUUAUUUUAACGCCAGAAUUACUUAAUGAACAGUUACAAUGUUCUACAAGAGAGUUUAUUGAUAAAUGUGUUUCAAUUAAAAUUAAUGAAACAAACAAUUCAAUAGAAAUUAUUUUACCAUAUGUUCUUCAUUCUCUAUUUGAUCAAGCUACAGAUGAUGUUGUUAAAUUUAUUGGAGAAUAUUCAUCUUAUAAUGACAUUCUAUCUGCAACGAAUGAAGAUCGCACAAUAAAAACUGAAGUAAUUCCUUCGCAAAAUGAUUUUGCUAUAAAUUUCGAUUAUCAUUUAUGUUCAUCUCAAUCCGAACAACACGGAGGACGUCGUCGUCGUACCAGUUCACUUCCAUUAUCUACAACAAGUAUAACAUUAUCUUCUUCUUCAAUUGAUUUCCUUCCUCAAAUAACAAAUUUACCUAGUCAUCUAAUUGAUUCUCGUACAAUAUCAUUUGUUCAAGAAAAAUCUCCUGCCUUAGGACAAAUUCUUCAAAUAUAUGUUCAAUCAAUAGUUCAUAAUCAACCAAUUGAAAGCGAUAAAACUCCAUUAAAAAAUUAUUUUACAAGUUUAUUAUUGUCUCCAACAUUAAUUGAAUCAACAUCAUCAAUUGGUGAUGAAUGGUUUCGUUCAAUUGUAUUAAAUGAUUUAACAUAUCAAUAUGAUCUUCUUCUUUAUUUAUCUUCAUUAUUAUGGAAUAAUUCUAAAUAUAUUGAAAUAGUUGAAUUAUUUGAUUCAUUAUUACCAUCAUUUAUUGUACAUUCACCAUAUUUGCAAAUUUUGCGUGAUCUUGCUUUAUUAACAUUAAUUAAACAAACAUCGGAACCUGAUCAUGCAUAUAAUUAUUUACGCAAAAUUCAUGAUUGCCAUUUAUUAAUACAUUCAACAUUAACAUAUUUACCACGUUUUGAUGGUCCAACAUGUUUAAAAUUACUUCAAUUAUGUUUAACAUCAUGUAAAAAAACUCAUCAAGAUUAUAUACCAUGGAUUCAAGAACGUUUAAAUAUAAUGUAUGUUUAUAAAACAUUAUGUCUUGGUGCAUUAGCAGAAUUUAAUAUAUGUAUGGAAAAAAUAUCUAAAUAUGAAAAUCAAUUAAAUAUAUCAAUUGAAGAUAUGGCUAUAAAAAAGACAUCAUCAAAAUGUUUAACAUGGCAACAUGCACAAGAACAUUCACAACGUGAUCCAUUAGCUGUUGUUAAUAUGUUUAUUUAUGAAAAACAAUUUGAUAUGGGACAUAAAUGGUUAACAUUAUUAAAUAAUUAUGUGGAAGAAAAUAUAAUUGAUCGUGUUAGAUUAAAAUUAGUUGAAGAACAUAUACAUUGGUUAUUAAAAGAAGAGAAUAUUGGUGAUGGUAAUAAAAUUUUACAAAUUAUUGAUACAAUUAAAAAUCAAAAUGAUAAGUGGCAUUUAUGUACUGAAUUAAUUGAAGAUUUAUCGAAAAAACCAUUAGUUAUAUAUACAAAAUCAAUACCUUUUUCCAGAUUAUUUAUUAAGUUUCGUCUUAUACAAUAUAUGUUAGGACAUUUUGAAGAAAAAUCUAUAUUUUUUCAAGAACAAUAUGAACGAUCAAAAUUAUGUACUUUAGUUACUGGUUUAGCUUUAUUUUUUAAUUGUAUACCAUUAGAACAAACAGAUUCAUAUGUACAACUAGUUGGACAACCAUUGCUUAUAUUUGAACAAUUAUUAAUGAAUAGUUCAAUUGAUAUAGCAAAAUUAACUAUUGAAACAUUGAAAGUUUUAAUUAAAAAAUAUUCUUUAGAAAAUAUUAUUAAUAUUAAACAGAUGGAUGAACUUAUUGAAUUUUAUACGAAAAAAAGUGUACGAUUAAAUGUUGUACAACGAAAUGAAGACAAAACAAAUAUUGAGAAUAAACCUGCUCUUCCAGUUUCAUUUGGUUCGCAAGGCGAAAAUCGUCGUUCAUCAUUGGGUCCAUCUUCUAAUACAAAUCAAUCUAAGAAUGCUCAAGAAAUAUCACCAUUAGGUCGUCGAAAUUAUAGUUCUGGUACAAAUACUUUAUUCAGUAGUAUACGUCAACGCAUAUCAACUAGACCUUCUACAACAUCUCAAAUGCUAACUGAUUCUGAUCAAAAUUUAUCAUCAUCAUCAUCACUGAAUACUAAUAGUCCACCAUCAGCCAAUUCAAUUCCAAUUAAAUCUUCACAACAAACAACGUCAUCAAUUUUUGAUUAUUUAUCAUCAUCAUUUUCUACUCGACCAAAUAUUAAUGAGCAACCUCACCAAACAACAAAAACAACUUCAUCAACACAACCAACUGAGUUUAUUGUUCCUGCAGCUAUACCACCAAGACAAUUAUGGAUAUCAGAUACUGAAGUAUCUCUCUGUAUGUGUUGUAAUGAAUCGCAAUUUUCAAUGUUUAAUCGUCGUCAUCAUUGUCGUCGUUGCGGUCGUGUUAUAUGCAAAACAUGUUCACAACAAAUGACAAUAAUUAAAAGUCGCCUCGAACGUACAUGUAAAGAUUGUUAUCUAUAUAUGCAAAAUAAUCCAACCCCAACAAUAAAUACUCGUCCUGAAACAAAUACUUCAACAAAAAAAAAUGAAAAUUUUCGAGCCUUUUCAAGGCCAAUCAGUACAUUUAAAAGACAAUCAAUAAGUCAAGUUUAUUUAAGUAAAACUCGACAAUCCGAAACAACAUCAAAUAAUCUCUUAUUGGGUACAUCACUUGUUAAUGAAACUUCAACUGUCGAAGAAGAACAACCUCUUCUAAUAAGUUCAAGUUUUUCAACAGUCAGUCCAUUAAUGAAAACAAAUAGAUUAAGUCGUCGACUAUCAGUUGAUUCAAAUCAAAAACAAGAUAAUGAUGAUAUUCCAACAUUACCUGUUAUUAAUGAUCAAGUUCAUUAUCAAUUAACUGGAACAUCAAAUGAUGAAAUGAUACGUAAUGAGUUUCAUUAUGAUCAAUCACCAAGUAUAUCAUUAUGUUUAUCAUUAAUUGAAUUACAUUCCGAUCAAUAUCAAUGUGGUAAAUUAUUAAUAAAAUUAUGUGAAUAUUUAUCUGAACAACUAUCAACAAAUCAACGUAAUAGCGAAAUUGAUUAUGGUUUAGUAUUAAAUAUAAUAAAAAAUCUUUUAUUUACUGCUAAAAUGAAAUUGAUGACAAGUACUAUAAAUGAUGAACAAUUAGGUGAACAACAAAAAUUAAUAACUUCAUGUGAUAUAUAUAAUAAUCUUGUUGAUAUACUAAAUCGUUUAAAUAUGGCUAAUUGUUCAUUACCAGUUUUAAAUGAUCUUUUACAACAAGAUACAUUAAGAAAAAUUCGAAAUAAAUUAUUAGAUGAUGAAAGAUAUCAAUUAGCAAUGGACAUUUCAACACGAUGUAAUUUAGAUACGCAAACGAUUUGGUUUCAAUGGGGAAUGGCUUAUCUUCACAUUGGUCAAUACGUUGAAGCCCGUGAUAAAUUUGAAAAAUGUUUACAAAAAAAUACUGACGCAGCUGAUCUUAUAUCUAAACAACAACAACGUAGCAGUUUAAGUCAAGAAAAAAUUUUAAAUGAUAUUAUAUCAUAUCUUGAAUCAUCACUUCCAUUGAAAUACUCUAUAAAAUGUCAAUAUCUUGCUGCACAACAAAUUCGACAAGCGGGACAAACACGUACUAGUUUAAAAUAUCUUAAUAGUCUUUCAACAAUGCCACGUUUAUCUGAUCAACCAAAUAAAGCUAUUCACGAUGAAAUUUUAUUUUAUUUAACAACUUAUAGCGACGAUGCACAUUUAUUAGAUUAUUAUAUUCGUCAUGAAUUUCAUACUCAAGCAUUUGAAUAUAAAUGUUCAUUAACAGUAUUUCGUGAUCAUAUAUAUAUGCCAUUAUUAAAACGUAAUCAUAUAAAACAUCUAUUUAAUUAUAUAUUAUCACAUAAUAAUAAUAAUUCAUUUACACAUCAUUUAAAAUUUAUUUGUACAUAUUUAAACGAACAAGAAAUGUAUCAUUCAUUACAACAAUUACAAUUAUUUAUGAAUGAUUUCACAAAUGCAGCAAUUACAUCGAUUAAAUUAUUUACUUUAAAUCGAACAACAUAUUUGGAUUUAUUUGAAAAACGCUUAAAUUAUUUACGAAACGCUUUAGAAUGUUUUCAACAAGGAAAAAUUGAUACAGAACAAACAAUGAUGAAAAUACAAAGUACUACAAAUAAAAUCGACCUUCAAUUGGAAAUAACUCGUUACAUUUAUACACAAUUAAAACGACUUAACACAAAUGGCUCAAAUAUAUUAAUUAAUUGUCCAACAGUAUUUGAUGGAAAAGACUCUAUAUUUAAACUUAUCUUAGGCUUAAUAGCAAUAUCUGAUACAAUGACAAAUGCAUUUAUUUUAAUUAAUAAAAUAACCAAGGAAAUGAAUUUUUCACCGACGGAAGUAUUUGUUCCAUGUGCUGAACAGGUUGGUAAACGUCGUGAUUAUCGUUCUCUUCAACAAUUGCUUCAAUUAAUACGUGAAAAUGGCUAUACUGAUAGUAAAUUACAUGAUGAUAUUAUUGAAAGUUGUGUACGACAAUCUGGUUCUGAUGUUGAACAAAGUCGAGAACAAGAUACAUUAAUUCAAAUGAUUAAGAAUGAUGAUACUCGUAUCAAUGUUUAUAUUGCUGUUGGCAAAUUACGUGCUGCUUAUUUAAUAGCUAUUCGUCUAGGAAAAGAAGAUAAAGUUCGUUUAAUUCGUGAUGAUGCACAAAAAAGUGGUCAAACAGCUGUCUAUGAUAUAUAUUUUGGUUCUUUUGUUUUUCAGAUGUUGGCAGAUUUUUUAGAAAAAAAUGAUAUUAAAGCAUUCAAUCAAUCCAUAAAUUCUGAUCAAAUUGAUUUGCUAAAAGACAAUCUACAACAAGAAAUUGAUGAUAAUAAAAAUCAAAUUCAUCAAUUAUAUAUAUCUAAAACUCAAGAUAUAAAUAAAAUUAAUUCUCAAACUUCAAAACUUAUUGAACAAUGUGAACAAUUAGAAGUCAAACGAAAAGAACUAAUUAUACAAAUUGAAGAUUAUUCGAAAUUAGAAAGUCAUGCACGUCAUGUUAAUUCUAAUUAUCAUCAAGUUCAUCGUUUAAAUCGAUUUAUCAAUGGUAUUAAACAAUUAAUUCAAUUACAUGAUCAUAUUCACGAAUGUCGACAAUUAUGUAAAAAAGGUUCUUUAAAUGAAGCAAAAAAUUUAUAUCAGACUGUAGAAAAUCUAAUUAAUAAUGAAUAUUUAUUUCCACAUACUAAGGAUAAAUUUUAUCAACAACAUUAUCCAUUAUAUGAAACAUUUCAAAAAUAUGUUAGACAAUUACGUACAGAUAUUUGUCAAACACAUCAUAUUCUAUGGAAUGAUGGUGUUGAUCGAACCACUAAAAAUCAAUUGAAAUUAAAUUUAAACCAUCUUGAUCAACUUUUUAAAUGUAUAUUUUAUGAAGAAAAAGGAGAAAAAUUAUUAAUGGAAAAAAAUAUUCAAACAUUUGCAUCAUUUUGCUUCCAAGGAUUUAUUCAUAUGCUAAUUGAGAAAAAAAUGAGAUUAAUUAGCGAUGUAGACACAACAACGGUUUUAAUACGGAUAGAAAACAGUGAAGAAAUAGAAAGAAAUGAUAUCGAACAAUUCAAUGAAACAUUAAAUUAUAUAAAGAAAUUUUUUGACAUAUUGAAUAUACAUUUGCUAUCAAGAGUGAUGAAAAUUCAACCAUUGAAAGACAAAUCCAUUGAAUCAAUUCCACUAAUGACCAUCAUCUCUUCAACUAUUGCGAAUGAUUUUAUUGAAUGUAUUCGUGAACGUUUAUUAAAUAUCAUUCCAAAUGAUUUCCAAUACGUCGAAAUAUUUCGUUCAUUAUUACAAACCGUCAUGGAUUUUGAAAAAUAUUUAACCGAGAUAAAUUUUUUUUCUGAUAAUCAAAUCUCUAAUAUUAUUUCUUCUGUUGUUGGAAAUAUCGAUGAAUCAAUAAUAAAAAGUCGUUGUCGUACAUAUUUAUUUCGAAGUCGACAGUUACUUCAAUCAAAUGCAAUAAUUACAACAUCAUUAAAAACAAUUGAAAUUGGUGAUGACGAACAAUUAUUUAAACAAAAUGAACAAGAUAAAGAAAAAUACAAAAAUGAAACUUUAACAAAUAUUUUAUCAUCAACUAUUAGUUUAGAUGAAUUAGAUGCAAAUAUGUUUCGAUUUCCACGUACAAUGAUUGUGGAACAUGUUUAUGAAUAUAUGGAAUUUAUUCGAACUGUUUUAAAAGAAGCUGAUCAAUUGGAAAAUUAUGGUGCACAUCUUUGUGCAACUGUAAGAAAUAUGAUGGAAUUAUUUCAUGUAAUAUAUGCGAACUUACAUGAAAAAAAAGCACAAGAAUUUCCUUAUUUAACUGCUUUACAUUUUAAUACAUAUAUGUAUGUUGCACAUGUAUGUCUUAUUCUUGGUGAAGAAUAUUAUCAUUUAAAAACUAAAACAGGUGAUGGUCAACCAAUAACAUUUGUUGAUUACGUUCCUAUAUUUCGUAAUCAAGCAGCAAAUUUACUUAAAUCUCAGUUAGAUAUUCAAAGAGAUACAUUAACAUCGUUUAUUAAAGAAAUUGGAGCAUUUCAUAAUAUUGUUGAUGAAGAUGAAAAUCAAGAUAUACUAAAACGAGCUAUCAAUCAAUGCAUAAUGCACAUGGAAAAUCUUUCACAUAAUUGGCGAAAUGUAUUUUCACCUCAAGUUUAUUUUAAAGUUAUUGGAUAUUUAUGUGAUCAUGUUAGUCAUCUUCUUAUCAAAGAAACUUUAUCACUCGAAGAUAUUCCAGAAAAAGAAUGUCAAAUAAUGGUAAAUGUUUUUACACAAUGGUCAACAUUUUUACAGAAUAUACUUGUUAAAGAUGAACUUAGCCCUGGUUUAAAUAUUCUUGCUCGUUUAGCACCAAAUUUAACAAGAUUUAAUGAACUAUGUCUUGUUCUAAACAGUUCUUUACAAAAUAUUGUUGAUCGAUGGUUUAAUGGACAAGGACCACUUGCUAGUCAAUUUACAGCUUUAGAAAUUAAACAACUUAUUCGAGCUCUUUUUCAAACAUCUGAAAGACGAACAGCAGCUCUUGCAAAAAUUCAAUAA